AUGGCUGAAGCAAUUGUGUCUAUUGUUGUGGGAAGGCUCACUGAUUUGUUGAUUGAAAAAGCUCAUAUCCUUCAUGAAGUGAGAGAUGAAAUUGAAGUCGCCGUAGCUGGGCUCAUGCGGAUGAAAACAUUCUUACCAGAUGCUGAUUCAAGGAUCGAUGUAGAAAGAAUCCGGAUUUUGCUCCGCGAUGUACGAGAGCUUGCCUAUGAUGCUGAACAUGCUGUCGAAAGUUUUGUUAUCAAAGCCUCAUCUACUAAAAAAUCAUUUCAGUGGAUGAACAGAGGCAUGUUUUCAAGAAAGAUAAAAAAUUUACAAAAAAAGAUGUCCAUCUUCUUCGAUUUAUUUUCUGAUUAUAAUAUCAGACCAACUUCUGAAUCAUCAACUUCCUCCAACAGAGAAUCGGGAAAACUAAAGCGAUUUCACUCUUUCACUACUCCUGAACCAGAGAUAUUUGUUGGAUAUCAUAAAGACGUUGAACGCUUGGUGCGACGUUUGGUGAAUGAAGCUGAUGAUUCUUACCCACUUAUAUCUAUUUGUGGAAUGGGGGGUCUGGGAAAGACCACUCUCGCUCAAAAGAUAUACAAUCACUCUGCCAUCAAGACUCACUUUGCUGGUUUAGCAUGGGUAACAAUCUCGCAAAAGUGGCAAACAGAUCGUGUGUUGCAAAGAAUUCUCAUAUGUCUCGUCCCUGAGAACAAAGAGUCUAUCCUUAAUAUGGACACUGACAAGCUAGUGGAGUAUAUGCUACAAAUCCAGGAAAGGAAGAAAUGUUUGAUAGUUCUCGAUGAUAUAUGGUCAACUCAUGCUUGGGAUGCAUUAAAAGCUGCAUUUCCAGCCGGGAAGUCCAUGAGCAAAUUAAUGCUUACAAGCCGUAAUGCUGAGGUUGCUGAGCAUGUAAAUUUAAACGGAUUCAUUCACAAACCAAAAAUUUUAAGUCCGGAACAAAGUUGGGAGCUACUCAAGUUGAAAGCACUUCACACAGGAAACUAUCUAGACAUUACCAGAGAUGUAAAAAGGAUGGAAGAACUGGGAAGGGAAAUGGUUGAACAUUGUGCCGGUCUUCCGCUAGCUAUAGUCAUUUUGGGUGGAAUUUUGGUAACAAAACCGUCGUUGAUAGAGUGGGAGAAGGUAUAUCGUGAUAGUAAAUCAUCCCUAAAGGCGGGGAAAGGACUGGGAGAAGCCUAUCAAAGGGGAAUAGUAAGUGUUUUAGUUUGGAGUUACAAUGAUUUACCCCCUCAGCUGAAGCCAUGCUUUAUGUAUUUAUCUAAGUUUGGUGAAGAUAAAUGGAUAGAAUCACAGACUUUGUAUCAGCUAUGGAUCGCUGAAGGAAUGGUACUCUCGAGUGACAAAAGAGAAGGAGAAACAAUGAUUCAAGUUGCCGAAUCAUACAUGGGAGAACUAGUCCACAGGAGUAUGGUUCAAGUAAGAUUUAACAACGUGGAAUCAUCUCUUACAAAGUUUGAAGAUUUUUCUCUGCACGACCUUAUGAGAGACAUGUCUUUAAUACAAGCAAAAGCAGAAGAUUUUAUUGAAGAUAUACAUUUCCAAAGUGGAAAUGAGCUUCAUCUCAAAUCUACUGCAGAUUCAAGGUCAGCUUCCACUCGACUUGUGAUUCAUUUGGAUGAGGAAUAUUCUAGCAAAAAAGCUAAUUACUACUUUUCUAAGAAAGGCAAUGAAAAAUGCUAUCGAUCAAUGUUAUUCUUUGGUGACUUUGGUCCGAGAAGUCUGCCACGGGCAUUAAUGGGGUCACAAGUUGCCAAUUUUAGGUUCCUAAAAGUGCUUUCUGUGGAGAAUUAUACCAAUUUUUCUGGUGUGUUUUAUCAUAUUAAUUUUGGAAGAGCAUUAGGGUCCCUUGUUUACUUGCGAUAUCUUAGUGUAAGAGGCAGUAAUUUGUUGGUUCUUCCAUCCGUACAAAGGUUGGUGCUGUUACAAACUCUUAAAUUAAAUACCCAUGAGGGUAUAUAUGUUUUACCAUGGUUGUCAAGAGAUGUUCUGGUGAAGCUGGAUUGUUUGCGGCAUCUGUUUUUGCCUAAAUUUAAAGUUGACGUUUUGAGAAGGAAAUCGAAAUUUCGGUUGAAUGGGUUGUGCAAGUUAGAGACACUGGAGAACUUUGACACAGCUUGGUGCGAGGUUAAUGAUCUACGUGAACUAAUCAAUCUUCGGAAACUAAGGCUAACAGUGGCAGGUAGCUGUGAUAUUCUGGAAGAAGUGAUGAAAAACUUGGGUGAUAUAGCCUCCUCACCAUCUUCAUGUUUGAGGUACUUGGGUGUUUGUAUUGCUUAUUGUGAUAUCGAGCUGAACAAUGGUCUUACUAUCUUGAAACAAUUGGUAUAUGGUGAAAAUUUGAAUCUUAGAGAAUUGAAAAUAUAUGGUCGUAUCCAAGAGGUGGGUCUAAUAUUUCCGCUGCAUGUAUCUACAUCAAUUUGUAUUACAAGAUUAGAUUUAUCGAGAUCAAACCUGGAAGAAGACCCAAUGCCAAUACUGGAAAUGCUGCCAAUGUUGGGUUUUCUCUAUAUGUUUACGAAUACAUUUAUGGGGAAGGAGAUGGUGUGCUCCGCAACCGGUUUUCCUAAACUGACCGAUCUUUAUUUGGACAGCUUCCCUAACCUUGAAAAAUGGAGGGUGGAGAAAGGAAGCAUGCCCAUUCUUUCAUGGUUGCUUAUUCAAAGAUGUAACAAUUUGGAGGAACUUCCACAAGGCCUGGUGUUCAUCAAGUCCCUUCAACUGCUACAAAUAAUCAAAAUGCCUCAAGAUUUCAAUGAUAGGCUUAUAAGAGAUGAUGGUGAAGAGGGACCCGAUUUUCACAAAAUUUCUCAUGUCCGUAGACUCAAUAUCGACGUGUUUUCUGUGGAGAAUUACAGAAAUUUUUCUGGUGCGUUUUCUCUUAUUAAUUUUGGAAGAGCAUUAGGGGCCCUUGUUUACUUGCGAUAUCUCAGUGUAAGAGAGACUAAUUUGUUGGUUUUUCCAUUUCUAAGAAAGUUGGUGCUGCUGCAAACUCUUAAAUUGGAUAUUUUCAACGUGAACUAUGUUUUACCAUGGCUGUCAAGAGAUGUUCUGGUGAAGCUGGAUUGUUUGAGGCAUCUGUAUCUGCCUAAAUUUAAAGUUUACGUUUUGGGAUGGAAAUCGAAAUUUCGGUUUUAUGGGUUGAGCAAGUUAGAGACCCUGGAGAACUUUGAGACUACUUGGUGUGAGGCUAAGGAUCUACGUGAACUAAUCAAUCUAAGGAAACUAACGCUAACAGUGAGAGAUAGCUUUGAUAUUCUGGAAGUAGUGAUGAAAAACUUGGCUGAUCUGGCCUCCUCGCCAUCUUCAUGUCUGAGGUACUUGGGUGUCACUAUUAUUAAUUGUGGAAUCAUGCUGAACAAUGGUCUUACUAUCUUAAAACAAUUGGUACAUGCUGAAAAUUUGAACCUUCGGGAUUUGAAAAUAUAUGGGCGUAUCCCAGAGUUGGGUCUAAUAUUUCCGCUUCAAUAUGUAUCUACAAUUGGUAUUACAAGUUUAACUUUAGCGAGUUCAUGCCUGGAAGAAGACCCAAUGCCAAUACUGGAAAUGCUUCCAAUGUUGGGUGUUCUCCACAUGUUUGGGAGGAAUCCAUAUGUGGGGAAGGAGAUGGUGUGCUCCGCAACCGGUUUUCCUAAACUCACCGUUCUUUAUUUCGUCGGCUUGCCUAACCUUGAAAAAUGGAGGGUGGAGAAAGGAAGCAUGCCCAUGCUUUCAUAUUUGUGUAUUGGAAAAUGUAAGAAAUUGGAGGAGCUUCCACAAGGUCUGAUGUUCCUCAGUUCUCUUGUAGGAAUAUUCCUACAACAAAUGCCUCAAGAUUUCAAUUAUAGGAUCACAAGAGAGGAUGGCGGGGAAGGACCCGACUUUCACAAAAUUUCUCACGUCCCUAGAGUUAGUAUCAACAAUCAAAAUUAUGAUUCUAUGUUUUCCGUAUUCAUGUAA